CCUCCCCGCGCCCGGCGGGACCCUGCGCCUGUGUCGGGAGAGGCCGGCGUCCGGCAGAUGCACGCGGGGCGGGGGUUGGGGAGAGGCGGGGAGAGAGAACCCACAACAAAACUUGGCUCGCUGCGUCCACGGCUCGACUUGAAUGACAGGAGCCGGCGCCCGCGGAGCGCAGCGGACACCCGUGAGCCUGUUCCGCCCACGGCGCGGCGCGCAACGACAGGUGCUGGCAGGGGCCAGCGGCAUCAGAUCCCCCGGAGCUGGGGUUACAGGCAGUUGGGAGUCAUCCUAGAGAGUGCUGGGCUCAGUCUUCUGAGAGCAGAGCGCUGCUCUUAACAGAUAAGCUUGUGGACUUUUAUGGAGACAAGCCAAAGGUGAGAGAAGAAAGCCAGCCUGCCCAGCACCAUGGCCGGCAGCAGGGGCCUGCCCCUCCUCCUGCUGGUGCCUCAGCUCUUCCUGGGCCCUGUGCUGCCUGUGAGAGCACCCGUGUUUGGCCGAAGUGACACCCGCACCCUGAGCCCCGAGGAGAAUGAAUUUGUGGAGGAAGAGAAUCAGCCAGUGCUGGUUCUGAGGGCCGAGGAGCCAGAACCUGGCCCAGCCACCAUCGACUGUCCCCGAGAUUGUGCCUGCUCCCAGGAAGGUGUUGUGGACUGUGGUGGCAUUGACCUGCGUGAGUUUCCAGGUGACCUGCCAGAGCACACCAACCAUCUCUCCUUGCAGAACAACCAGCUAGAGAAGAUCUACCCCGAGGAACUGGCCCGUCUGCAGCGGCUGGAGACGCUGAACCUACAGAACAACCGUCUGACAUCCCGAGGGCUCCCAGAGGAGGCAUUUGAGCAUCUUACUAGCCUCAAUUACCUGUACCUGGCCAACAACAAGCUGACAUUGGCACCCCGAUUCCUGCCAAACGCUCUGAUCAGUGUGGACUUCGCUGCCAAUUAUCUCACUAAAAUCUAUGGACUCACCUUUGGCCAAAAGCCAAAUCUGAGGUCUGUGUACCUGCAUAACAACAAGCUAGCAGAUGCCGGGCUGCCGGACAACAUGUUCAACGGCUCCAGCAACGUCGAGAUCCUCAUCCUGUCCAGCAACUUCCUGCGCCACGUGCCCAAGCACCUGCCACCCGCUCUGUACAAACUGCACCUCAAGAACAAUAAGCUAGAGAAGAUCCCCCCUGGGGCCUUCAGUGAGCUGAGCAACCUACGGGAACUGUACCUGCAGAACAACUACCUGACCGACGAGGGUCUGGACAACGAGACCUUCUGGAAGCUGUCCAGCCUGGAGUAUCUGGACUUGUCCAGCAACAACCUGUCGAGGGUCCCAGCGGGUCUUCCCCGCAGCCUGGUCCUGCUGCACCUAGAGAAAAAUGUCAUCCAGAGCGUAGAAGCUGAUGUGCUGACACCCAUCCGCAGCCUGGAGUACCUGCUGCUGCACAGCAACCAGCUGCAGGCCAAGGGCAUCCACCCACUGGCCUUCCAAGGCCUCAAGAAGCUCCACACAGUGCAUCUAUACAACAACGCACUGGAACGUGUGCCCAGCGGCCUGCCCCGCCGGGUGCGCACCCUCAUGAUCCUACACAACCAGAUUACAGGCAUCGGCCGUGAGGACUUUGCCACCACCUACUUCCUGGAAGAGCUCAACCUUAGCUACAACCGCAUCACCAGCCCACAGAUGCACCGAGACGCCUUCCGCAAGCUACGCCUGCUGCGUUCACUUGACUUGUCUGGCAACCGCCUGCAAACGCUGCCUCCAGGCCUGCCGAAAAACGUGCAUGUGCUCAAGGUCAAGCGGAAUGAGCUGGCUGCCCUGGCACGUGGGGCACUAGCUGGCAUGGCCCAGCUUCGGGAGCUCUACCUCACAGGCAACCGACUGCGAAGCCGGGCCCUGGGACCCCGUGCCUGGGUGGACCUUGCUGGUCUGCAGCUGCUGGACAUCGCUGGGAAUCAGCUCACAGAGGUCCCUGAGGGGCUCCCCCCAUCUCUGGAGUAUCUGUACCUGCAGAAUAACAAGAUUAGUGCCGUUCCCGCCAACGCCUUUGACUCCACUCCCAACCUCAAGGGGAUCUUUCUCAGGUUCAACAAGCUGGCUGUGGGCUCCGUGGUGGAAAGCGCCUUCCGGAGGCUGAAACACCUGCAGGUCUUGGACAUUGAAGGCAACUUUGAGUUUGGUAACGGUUCUAAGGACCGUGGCCACAAAGAUGAGGAAGAGGAAGAAGAGGAGGAGGAGGAGGAGGAAGAUGAGGAAGAGGAAGCGAGAUAGGACAAAGUGACAUGGAUGCAACCCAGGAUGAUGGACUACCGGACUCCUUUCUGAAGCCCAGGCCUGUGCCCCAUGAGCACCCCCUUCUGACACACUCAACGCUGAGCCCAAGAGGCACCAGAAAGUCACACGGGCUGAACACAGUCUCGUGUCCCACCCCUUCCAGCAAUGUGUCACACAGUCAGACACGUGCAGAUACCACUUCACCGCCACGCCCCCAGCUUGGCCACGUAGAUAGCCAGCUGCAUGUGACCUUCCAAACUGGCUUUCUGCACAAUCUCACACUGAUACACACACACACACACACACACACACACACACACACACACACACACACACACCACACACACACACACACACCCUGACCUCUGAGUCCACACUGGCCUGGUAGACUCAGGCAGCUACCCUCUCCCCUAUUCACUUACACACAGUGACCUAUGCUACCAAAAGCUCUUGCUUCUGGCCAGCUCUGGCCGGGGAAACAGUUGGCCAUGUGCCUUAUCCUCUGGUCCCUCCCUUGGAGACACAGGGUUGUCUCCUUGCUCUGUGGCCCGGUGCUUUUCACUCUUUGAAACACAAAAGCUGGCUUUUGUUUCGUGCCUUCCCUAUGGGGACUUGAACUUUCUGCCUUCGACCACGGGCCUCACCUCCUCCCCCCAGGUGCUGGGCACUCCUACUACUGGGAGCCCCUUUUUGUUGUGCCCUGGCAGGUCACAGGCACUUUCAGAGAACAGCCUCAAGAAGGCUUGGGAGAGAAAGAGGCAGCACUGUGUGGUGGGGGUGGGGUGGGGNGGGGNGGGGGAAGGGUGGCGGCUGCUGUAUUGGUCUUCAGUUCUGCAGGGAAGUUCUGGGUACCUUUGGUUUUGUUUAAGGAGAAAAAAAAAUAUAUAUGAAGAUAAAAAUCUCAAAGCUGAUUUUCUUUUCCUGUUACAGAAAAACUAAUAUAAAGUAUUAUCCCUGCCCUUGCAA